AUGAAUUCUGAUUCAAGCUCUGUCUCCAGCAGAGCUUCAUCUCCGGACAUGGAUGAGAUGUAUCUGAGGGACCACCACCACCGCCAUCACCACCACCAGGAGAGCCGCCUCAACUCGGUCUCGUCCACGCAGGGCGACAUAGUGCAGAAGAUGCCAGGGGAGAGCCUCUCGCGGGCCGGCGCCAAGGCCGCGGGCGAGAGCAGCAAGUACAAAAUCAAGAAGCAGCUGUCGGAGCAGGACCUCCAGCAGUUGAGACUGAAGAUCAACGGACGCGAGCGCAAGCGGAUGCACGACCUGAACCUAGCCAUGGACGGGCUGCGCGAGGUCAUGCCAUACGCACACGGGCCCUCGGUGCGCAAACUCUCCAAGAUCGCCACUCUCCUACUGGCCAGAAACUACAUCCUCAUGCUCACCAGCUCCUUGGAGGAGAUGAAGAGGUUGGUUGGUGAGAUCUACGGGGGCCACCACUCGGCCUUCCACUGCGGGACCGUGGGCCACUCGGCCGGCCACCCAGCGCACGCCGCCAACGCCGUGCACCCGGUGCAUCCCAUCCUGGGCGGCGCGCUCUCCUCUGGCAACGCCUCGUCCCCUCUGUCCGCUGCCUCGCUGCCCGCCAUCGGCACCAUCCGGCCUCCCCACUCGCUGCUCAAGGCGCCGUCCACGCCUCCCGCGCUGCAGCUGGGCAGCGGCUUCCAGCACUGGGCCGGGCUGCCCUGCCCCUGCACCAUAUGCCAGAUGCCGCCGCCGCCGCACCUGUCCGCUCUGUCCACCGCCAACAUGGCCAGGCUGUCUGCCGAGUCCAAGGACUUGCUCAAGUGAGCAGCGGGCCGGCCCGGCUGCGGAGGUUGAGGGGAGAGCGGCGGGCGGGAGGGGUCGGGUCGAGGUGCCGGGCCCAGAAGGAAGGGGGAGCUGGGCGCGUGGCCUGUGGGAGGGUGGACGGCGGUGGGACCCCCCCAGUGGCCUCCCACACUGCCUAAGAGAUCUCAGAUCCUACUUGACCCCCGGAGGAACAGAACUAAGACCAAACUGCAAUUUCUAGGUGGUAACGAAGGGGGACUCGAAUCAGACGUCGUGUGUCUUGCAUGCAUGCUUCUUUUCUCCAUGCCGCGCCACUUUUUCUCACUGCCAUAGGCUCUUGUCAAGACUGCAUUUAUUGUAUAAAGACAGGAUCGGUGUAGUUAAACACUUGGCGAAGGGACUUUAGAGUUGGCUCUCUCUGGCUCUGCGUUCUUACCUUGGAAAAGACAACCAUCCCUUUUGUGAGAAACAAAUGUAAAUAUUUCCUUGAGAUGGGUGCAGUUAUGACUGUCUAUCCGCUUGACAGUUGAUUUUCUAGAGACAAUGUAGGGAGAGAGAGGGGGGGAAAGAGAUAAGAGGGAAAGACAGAGGGAGAGAGAGAAGAGAGAGAGAGAGAGAAAAAAAAUGUAUCUCAGAGACAAAAUGUAUCUCAAGACCCAAGUUUUGAAUUUCAACUCCGGUCCAGGAGGGCAUGAUAACUCUUCUGUGGGUUUUCCUUAAGACGCAGUGUAGGUCGAAAGAAUGCAUGCACGCUUCUAAAUGAAUCUCUUCUAAACAUGUUGUGCAGGCCAUGGUGCCAUUUUCCUUGUAACAAGGAUUUAUUAGUGAAUUCUCCGAAGUACUCCAUACAUCUGUCUGUGGUUGUAGGAAAUGAACAAGGGGGCAGAGUGCAAAGACCCAAACUCACGCACACGCGCUUCUCCCCCACCCCCACCCGCUUUCAAACUUCAUUCCCAACUUUCCUGGGCUGUUUCAGGGGCCGGUGAUUGCAAGAGCUUGAGCUCCCUUUACUAGCUUGCCCCACCCCCACCCCACCCCCCUUGCUCAGUUAUUCUGCAUGCGGGGUCGCUCUCUCCAUCGUCAGCUUUGAAAACUUCCUGUGGUUUGGGGAGGGGUGCUGGUUUUAUUUUCCUGAACAUUUGCUUGAAAUAUUUUGUUAGGGCUUCAAAGACAA